AUGCUAUUCUUAAAAAAAAUAGCUGGUACUUCAAUACGUCGCACCAGCACUACAGCUAUAGAUGAUUUUGAAACUACCAGCACCAGCCGACCGCCAGCAAGUAGCAGCAAACAAUUUCAGCCUUCCACUGCAGUAGUAGAGGAUGAAGUAGAUCAAACGCUGUCGAAGAUGGAUGGCUUAAUAGAACGCGCACGCGAUCCAAAAGCUUGCCGCCACAAUGCUAAUGGUCGUUGUGUUCAUUGUACACCAAUCGAACCGUAUGAUGAUAACUAUCUGAAGGAGCAAAAAAUCAAGCAUUUGUCCUUCCAUUCGUAUAUACGCAAGCAGAAGUCAGGCAUUGAUGGCGGCAAGUAUGUCGCUUUUGAUGAUAUCAAUUGCCGCAUUAAGUCUGGUUGUCGUGAGCAUCCACCAUGGCCCAAAGGUAUCUGUUCCAAAUGUCAGCCAUCGGCUGUUACACUGAAUCGCCAAAUUUAUCGACACGUUGAUAAUAUUAUGUUCGAGAAUCCAACUAUAGUGGAGCGUUUUCUCGACUAUUGGCGUACUACAGCCCAUCAAAGAAUGGGUUUUCUUUAUGGCACUUAUGAAGUCCAUGCUGAUGUACCACUUGGUAUACGUGCUACUGUUGCAGCCAUUUACGAGCCGCCGCAAGAAUCAACACGUGAUUCUAUUAGAUUGCUGGACGAUGAAGCGGCUGCCGAGGUGGAUGAAUUAGCACAUGCUUUGGGUUUGAAAAAGGUUGGUUGGAUAUUUACUGAUCUCAUUACUGAUGAUCCAGCUGUUGGCAGUGUAAAGCAAUUGCGCGGCAUUGAGACGCAUUUCCUCACUGCGCAAGAAUGCAUUACAGCAGGAGAAUUGCAAAACCGUCAUCCGAAUCCAUGUAAAUACGCUUCGAGUGGUUAUUUUGGUUCGAAAUUUGUUACUGUCUGUGUAACAGGCGACAGCAGCAAGCAAGUGCAUACAGAGGGUUAUGCUGUUUCAGCCCAAUGUAUGGCCUUGGUGCGUGACAAUUGUUUAAUACCCACUAAGGAUGCACCCGAAUUGGGUUACGUACGCGAAUCAACGGAUAAACAAUAUGUUCCGGAUGUUUACUAUAAGGUAAGUGCUUCUUUAAAAGUGAAAAGCAUUAUGUGGGAAGCCUUAAAUGAAAAUCAUCCUCGUGGAAAUACUUAA